UCCUGUCGAUGAUUGGCCAAGUAAAUAGGCAUAUAGCGGAUAUUCCCAGCAUUGGCGGACAUUAUCGUAAAUAUCGUCGUGAAAACGCUAUUGAAAAAUUGGUCUUACGGAGGGGCUUCUCAAUCAAUUUGCAAUUUGUUUCUCUCGAAUCGAUAACGCGCAGGAAGCUGCCAUUGGCAAUCGCAUCUUUUCUGGAAAAUAUGCCACAGUUUUGUCGUUUUUUGUAGACGUUUGUUUUCACAAGAACUCGACGAGGCCAACAAGAUGAGCAAGAUCUCACGAUCUUAUCCCUCGGAUGGCAAGGUCUAUGUGGGAGAUUUAGGGAGCAGUGCUAGUAAGCAACAAUUGGAGGACGCAUUUUCUUAUUAUGGACCCUUGCAUAAUGUCUGGGUUGCCAGAAACCCUCCUGGAUUUGCUUUUGUUGAAUUUGAAGAUCCUAGAGAUGCAGAGGAUGCUGUAAGAGGACUGGAUGGUCGAAUUGUAUGUGGAAGACGCAUUCGUGUGGAAUUGUCAAAUGGAAAGAAAUUAAGAGACAGAGGCUUUCCCAGAAGAGGUGUUGGAAGACCUUUUCAUCCGGAAGAUAAAUGUUACGAAUGUGGCGAGAGAGGUCAUUAUGCUAGAGAUUGUCAUCGUCAUAGAAGUUCUCGUAGAAGAAGGAGUUGCGGCUGAGCAUACAGCACACGCAUGUGAAAUGUGUGUUGCUACUCGACAUUGUCGCGUGAGAUUCGCCUUGGGUUCACGUUUGUGACACACACCGCGCGUCGUAGUUACAGCGUAGAGCACUCCACAGCUACUUUGGGUUUCCCUCUGCACACUCUGCGGGCGAGAAAACGCGGCAAAAACAUGGGCCGUGGCCGACCGGACACGGGGUGGCUAGUUCUGCGCACUGCUACGAUACCGAUCCGCUGACCACUGACCAUCACCCUAAAUCGAGAUUUAUGCACGUCUGGCGUUCUUCGUUCAACUAUCCGUGAUUUCUGCCUAGUCGUCGUUCCCGUCGUAGCCAUCGUUGUCGUCGUCGUGGUCGUCGUCGUGGUCGUCGUCGUCGUCGUCUUCAUCGUCUUAAUCAUCGUCAUCGUGGUUGUCGUCGUUGUCUUCAUCGUCUCGUAAUAUCUAAAGGUUGCUGACAAACAAACUUUCAGCGAUCUCGUCUCUAGCCACUCUUCAUCCGUUCAUCUCGGACCCUCUCGUAAUUUCAUCUGUGUAAAGGGCUCAUCCGCUCUCCCUUCUCGCCAUCGCGCACAUGCAAUCCACAAUUGUCUGCUAUAAGUACAGCCAGGAAAGAUGGUAUAUAUAAGUUGAACAAUAUAUAUCAAGUAUAUAUCCUAUCAGGAUUAAUGUAUGGCUGAGUAAAUUUUGAAUAUAAACGUAUCUACGUUACAUUAUUAUACGUAAGCAAACUUGCAUGACCUGUAAAGAUAGUUGUAUUUAUAAUAUUUAUGAAGAUAGUUUGAUAGAGAUGUUAAAUAAUGGAAACGUGGACUUAAAAUGUUGACCAAUGAUUUAUACAUUAGAGUUUAAUUUAAAAGAUAAUUUGUGAUACUGAUGUACAUUUUUCAGAGAAAAUUCAAUAUCUAAAUCUUAUAUUUUUAAUGUUUAUUAAAAAUGAUAAACUUGUACAUUUAAUAGGUGUAUAAAUUAAGGAUUUAAUAAGAUGAAAUUCAUUAUUACUGAUAAUAAAGGAGUAUUGAAAGAGA